UUAGAGGGGCGAGAGAGAGAGACAGAAAGAGAGUGAAAGAGGGAGCAGUGGCAGCAGCUUUCCCUUCAACUUAUUUGCUCCAGCUUGAAUGUGUACUUUAAAUUUAUGAAAACAUUUCUAUCCACAGCUGCCUUUCAGCUCAGCAGAGCUCAUCUUACUGUCCUAUCCAUCCGUCCAUUGCUGACUGCUGGCCUGAUUUGCUUUCCCACGGAACUUAACAGGAUCACAAGAGGUUGCAGAGUGUUUAUCGAGUGGUGGAACAGGCAGUCAGAGUCAACAUGGUCAUAUCCCAGGAGCGGACAACGUGUCUGGGGCUCUGGGUGCUCCUUUUGCUUGGUGCAGGCAUGGAGGAAGUUGUGGAGGGAUGUAGCUGCCACCCAGCACACCCACAGCAGCUAUUCUGCAGUGCUGAGAUCGUGAUAAGAGCAAAGAUCUCUGGAGAGAAGAUUGUGUCGCCUAGCAACAGCUCCUCACCUUACAUGAAGAUGAUCCAAUAUGAAAUCAAAAUGAUCAAGAUGUUCAAAGGUUUUGACAAGGCCAAGGACAUCCAGUAUGUGUACACUCCAGUCUUCUCCUCACUGUGUGGAGUGAAACUGGACUCCAACAAUAAAGCAGGGUAUCUGCUCUCAGGAAGCAUGUGGAGUGAUGGGAGAAUUUCUAUUGGCCAAUGUGACCUAGUAGAGUCCUGGGACAACUUAUCACUGUCACAAAAGAAGAAUCUCAACUACAGAUACCAGAUGGGCUGUGAAUGCAGAAUCAACACCUGUUACACAGUGCCGUGUGCGUCUACAGGAGAAAACGAGUGCUUGUGGACUGACUGGCUGCUGGAUAACAGCCUAAAUGGGGAGCAGGCUCGGCAGUACGCCUGUAUCCGCCGCUCUGACACAACCUGUAGCUGGUACCGGGGUGGACCUCCACCCGAGAAAGACUUCCUGGACAUGACUGACCCUUGACCCUGUAAUUCUGACAUUCAUUUUACUCCAUUUCACUCCUGCAAAGUCCCAAGAAACAUUUUGUGCUUUUGCUUAUAUAGAUCAAAUUUGGCAUGCAAAGUAGCAACUGAUUUGAAAAUUGGCUGAUUUUCUUUUUACAUUCGAGGGAGCUUAACCCAACUUUGGGCUUCUGUUAGCAAAGUUCAGGUGGUUGCUACAGCAAUGCUAGGAUCAUUUUUAUAAACUGCAGGGCCUUUCAGUAUUCCUCUGACUCAUUUUCUCACUUUCACACAUUCCACUUGCUGUUUUCCACAGAAUAAGAAUAUCAACAGACUAUCCUCUGCAAAUAAUUCAUCUGAGUGAAUAUUUUCUUCAUUUCUGAUGGUAAAUGCAUAACCUUGACAAAUACUGAAGACCUCAUAUUUGUUGAUGUUACUAUAGGUUAUAUAGUCAUUUUGCAUUAUUUUCUAAAAUAAGAAUAAGGAAGUUGGAAAUUUAUUGUAAAAUAACAGGAGGAAAAAAAUAGCAAAAGUGUACUUUACAUCCUGUAAACAAAUCUUCUGUACGUUAAAAUCUUGCAAGUAGACUGCAGCACUGCCACCAUUCUCCCUCAGACACAUCCAUUUUGGUGUUGAAUUUUUACCUUUAUGUAUUAUUGAAUAACUGUCCCAUGUGAAUGAAAAUGUGGUGUGUAUAUAUAGAACAAGGCAAAACCAGACAUUCCACAAUUAAUUAUAUUUUGACAAAAUCUGACACUUUAAUUAUACAUGACCAUAAUUCUUGUACAUCUAAAUCAUCAGUUUAUAAUCUCAAAUUGCUGAGAAUGUAAAUAUUGUACUUCAGUAAGAAUUAACAUUUUAAAGGCUAACCUGAUCUUGUGUUAUAGCAUAGGAAUUGUUAUCUUGUGGUUUUGUGUGUUUAGUUUCCUUGGUUGAACGCUGUACUAUUUUAUGUGCCAAAAAUCUAAUCCAGCGCUUUAACAACAGCACUGCCACCUGUAGACGCCAAGCCACCUCUCCUUAGAGGAAACGAUGUAACAGGACAAGGUUCAAUUCACUCCCUAAAAACAGGAAGUGAAUUUUUCUCAAUGCUCAAGUUCAAGAAAAGAUAGUAAAACUUUGGCACAAGACAUUAACCAGCAAAAGGAGCAAUAACAGAUAUUCAUGAAAGAGCUAUAAUUAGUGAUUUAAUUGUUGUUUUAUAGGCAUUUUUUGAUAUAAUGACUCAACAUUUCUUAAAAGUCCCAAAUCUGGAUUGACCCCUGUCUUGUUACUGGACUACUUCACUGAAGCCAUACAGAUUCAAAUGCGACAUUGCUUGCUAUCUUCAUGCAUGAGCCACUAUUUAAACAUCAUAUUAAAGGUCACACUCAGCAACACAAAAUGUUAAUUUAACCUGCACAUUGCAGUAAUUUGAAAUGUUUUAAUACUAUUUUGAAAGAUGUUAAUUAUUCAAUUUUGACUUUCAUGACUGAUAGGAUAAUAAUGCAUAAUAACUGUAUGGCUCUAGUGAAGAGUUAUCAAACAAUUUCACAUUUGUUUUAUACUGAAAGAAUUGUUUGGGAUUGUAUUUAUGUCUCUGUUUCUGUCUAAAUAGAGUUUUAUAUUUCCAUGUACCAAAAAAGAUUGUAUAUAAAAUGUCUCAAUGGGAUCAUG